UAUAAAAAAAAUUCUAGUGAUUUUUAUUUACGGGAUCAUAACAUAAAUGUUUUUUUUCUGUCAUCCAUAACAUAAAUGCAUAAGACAUAAUUUAGUGAUGUAUAAGACAUAAUUUAGUGAUUUUUAUUUACGGGGUCAUAACAUAAAUGUAUAAGAAAUAAUUUUGUGGAUUAUUAAAAUCUUUCCUUACAACAUUUACUGUUGGCCCGAAGAAACUUUGAAAUGAGUCGAGAGUGGGAUGCUAUGUUUUUUUUUCUUGAUUUUUUAAAUAAAAAGGGUGCAACAAAGAGUUUUUUUGGGAUCAUCUAUCCUAGUACUACUUUUACUCAAGCAUGUUUAACUACGGAGUUGUGACGGGAUCUGAUGCAUUAGUGGAGGUAUGAUAGUGGGAUGCUGUGUUGUUUCAAUAUCGUUGAAAAAGUGAUUUUUUGUAAAGAGAUAAAAUUGACUCCAUAGCUUAAAACCAAAAAUAAUUGAUCGGUUUUGGUGACCUGUGAAACUUUUUUUGUUUGACAAAGUUACCUGUCAAACUUGAUACUUAAGAAGAAGAAGACUUUAUAUCAUGUGAGUUAUUACUAUAGAAAAAUAUAAAAUCUAUCUCUAACACAAAACUUUGUUUAGCUAUAAGCAAAAAAAUUAGGGAAAUUAGAGCCUAUAGCAACGAAAAAAGGAUAAUUAGCAGAGUAGCUAUUUUACCUAAUACACGAAUACACCAUGCAUCUUAUAUAUAAUAAUAUUACUAUGCCUUUUUACACAACCGGUAAAACCUGUAAACAAAAAAAAACUAAAGUAAUAAUACUUACCUAACACACAUACAUCGUGGCCUUUGGAGAAUCACAUACUGAGUUGUUUCUUCUCCAUUUUUUAUCCACAUUAACCACCAAAACCAUUUCUGGAGUAGAUUUGCCUAGGAGAUGCCCAUCUGCAACGGCUCGCUUGGCUACUGACGGAAAGCUUUGCGCAUCUGAAAUCUAUGGAGUCGCCGACAACGUAAACGGCACCGCCGCAAGGUUCGUCAACUCUUUCUUCAAUCGCCUUAAUCUCUUCGGUUUACGAGGCGGUUACAUGUACUAUUCCCAUGGAUGUCGUCAGUUACAUAUAUCUUUUUUGCUGUGAUUGUUCUUCAAUCGAUCGGAGAAGAUGAACUUUUUUUGUAACAUUGUAUUCUAUACUAUUUUAUGCGUAUGAAAUAGAAAUGUAAAACAAUAUGUAUUAUGAAUGUUUUAUUCAUGUUAUGUAAUGUGAAAUAGUAUGUUACUAUACUUAUUAAUAAAUAAAGUUUUAUUUUGUUCACCAAUAUGUACUAUACUAUGUAUUUUGUUCCAUUCUAUUUGCGUUUAGGGUUUAGUGAUUAAGAUUUAGGGUUUAGUAUUUGGAAGGUAUGGUUGAGGUUUAAUAGUGCCCCUAUCGUGUAUCGUUCCAUUUGAUGAUUAACAAAGAAAGUGGUAUUUUGUUCACCAAUAUGUACUAUACUAUGUAUUUUGUUCCAUUCUAUUUGGGUUUAGGGUUUAUAUUUGGGUUUAAGGUUUAUAUUUAGGUAAGAGUUUAGUGAUUAGAGUCUAGAGUUUAGUAUUUAUAAGGUGAGAGAGUAUGGUUUGGGUCAACAUUAACUUUUUCUUUGCAAUCAUAGACAUUCCAUAAAUUCACUAAUAUGUGUUAUGUUAUUUUCUUUGUUCCAUUCUAUACGGAUGUUUGCUUUAUAUUUGAGUUUAUGGUUUAUAUUUAGAUUUAUGGUAAACUGAUUAGAAUUUAGGGCUUAAGGGACAUGGUAAGAUUGGGAUUUGGAUAUGUUUAGUAUUAAUGAGUUGUAGGUGGAGUUAUAAUCUUAUACUACUUCGUUGAUAUGGAAUAAAACACUCAUGCAUAUGUUUGUGGUCAACAAAAGUAUACGUGGAUGGUUCCUCUUUCUUUUAUUUGGAAUAGUUUUAAAGUGCUCUUGACCUUAUAUUUUAUUGGCCACGUUAUUCACUCCAACACAAUUACCUGAUACCUACAAAGAAAAAUGACAUAACCAGACGUUUUAUGGCAUAAAUGUCAGAAAUUAUAUUAUGUCAAAAUCAAUGACAUUCACCUAAUUUGUAUUCAAAACAUGGCUAGUUCACAGAUAAGCCCAAAAAAUUAUUUAAUUUAUUUUACAAUACAUUUGCAAUGGUAACUUUAUUAAAAAAAUUGCAAUGGUAUUAGAUUAGAGCUUUCGGACCUUUUGAAUGAUGCUAAUAGAUUUCGAAUGAAAUUUAACAAUUAAUAAACACCCUCCUCCGUUUCAGAAAGAUGUAUGUUUUAAGUUUUUCAUAUUUAUUAAAAAAAACAUAUCAAAUUUUAGUUACCAAUACAUUAUUUUUCGUUAUCAACUAUUCCCCACAACUUUUAACCAAUAAUUUUUUUAUAAACACUAUUAUGUUUUUUUGAAGUUUACAAUUUACAAUUAAUUUAUGCAUUGAAAAUGUAAAACAUAUAUCUUUUUGAAACAAAUUUUGUUUGUCUAAAUGAAUCUUUUUGAAACGGAUGGAGUACACUAGAAUCUAUAAAUUAAUAACAGUACAUUUUCAUUAAGUUUUAGAAUAUACUUAAACCAAUAAUGAUAGAGUUUAAUAAUUAUAAUAAUAAAAAAAUUCAAUUCCACUCACUUCUCUUAGUCUGUGCGCUUAUGUUUUUGUAGAGUUGACCGAUUAAAACAAAUAAACUUUACAUAAAUAAUUUGUCAAAUAAAUUAUGGUAAAUUAACUUGCCAAUUUUUUUAUAAUAGCAAUUGCAACUACUAAAUUUAUAACAUUUUAACUAUAUUUUAAAGUCAUACUCUUGUCUCGCUGGUGAUAUAAUGUGCAGCUGAUGAGGUUAUUAGAUCAAAGAUUUCAUAGAAAAAGUGAAUGGCUGAUUGUGUACCAAAUUCUAACUUUAGAAGAACACACUAAGAUUUGACACGCACAUACGGAGGUGCAAGGAACAAAGAAUUUUUUUUUCCAUAUAGAUCAGACACGGAUAAACGAAAGUGAUCUUCGGAGAAUCGGUCCAUCUGAUCACAACUUAGUUUAGUUAGAUGGAUAGUUGACAAAAAAAAACAUACACUAAGAAUUGUUCCAGAUUUAUUUUUUAAAAGUAGUCUUUAUGAGAAAAACUAUUCACAACCAAUGAGAAGUUCCGAACCAACGAGCUAAGGGCAUCUCCAAUGAUACACACUAAUUUUUUUUAUAUAUUUCACUUUAAAAUAGAGUAAUUCUAGUAUAGAGUGAGAUUUGCUCUAGUGGUUCACUAUAUAAUAGAAUUACUUUAUAAUAGAGUGAAAUAUAGCGUAGUGCUAUUUUUUACUCCAAAUAUAGAAUUAAAAAACACCAUUAUUUUAUAUUUCACUUUAUUUUAGAAUGAUAUAUAGAAAAAAAUAUUGUGUAUCAUUCGAAAUUAUAUAAGAACAAUAAAAAUCUGACCCGGUCCCAUUUGACUAUAUGACUCAAGGAACCCAUAAUGUCAAAUGCCUUCUCAUGACCAACUCAACUAUGCUCAGAAACUUAGUCACGCGCAAGCAACCUGAUUCGGCUCUAAACAUGCCAAAUGCUAAACAUGCCUAGUAAGUCAACUAGCGAAGCCUCUAAAAUCGUGCAAGUAUUUAUCCUUGUGUGGAUUCAUUCAAACCUUAAUUUGUGUUCACAAAGGUAUUUUCACCUUUGUAUGAUGAAUUUUAAUCCAUUCAAACUCGUUGCCUUUGAAUCCGUGUAAACUAACAAAUGUGAAAUCCGAUCUUAUGUCAGUGGCGAUGGUCAAAGUUGAUUUAGUUCUACAAUAAUUGAAAACAGAUUAUUAAAUUUAGUUCGACACAAGGGUCUUAUCGGGGUUUAACGUUAAUAGGUUGCACAUAUUAACAAUUUUUUAGUUUUUUAGUUUUUUUUUCUAGCUCAAAAUUAACUGAUUUAACUUCAAUUCUUUUUUUUUUGAAAAAGAUUAAACUUCAAAUUUGGUACUAUUACUUUUCAAAUUAACUUUUAAAUGAUAACUAUUUUCAUAAAUACUUUAAGUUUAUUAUGAAAAAAACAAAAUUAACUUUCAUAAAUUAUUUAUAAAUGUUUAAGAAUUAUAUAUAUAAAUUUAUAAACCUAAUCUCACCCUCUAAAUAUUAAACCUUAUAUAAAUAAUUACUAAAUCUUAAACCGAAAUGUUAGAAUAUUUUCUGUUGAAUGUAUUUUUUGAAAUAUAUUAUCAAACUUAGUGUAUUUUAUUUUUAACCAAUUUCUCACAAAUAAAGUGAUUAUGAAUGAACUGAUUCAUGACUUUUAUAUAUUAUUCUAGUUCCAUCAAAUCUCUGAUAUAUCCUUUCGAAAUAAUAACUUUUCUGCUUUACUUUUUUUUUGGCUCAACAAUUACAAUUUCAUUUCACUAAUGCAUUGGUACAAAGAUUUUAGACCUCAAAAGAGAUUCUACCACAUAAACAAUAAUGCAGUCUAGCAACACCCUGAAACACUCAUUUGGAUCAAGCGUAAUCUGACGUACAUCAUUGCUUUUUCAACCACAAUGGGAUGAAACAGCUCCACGACACGAAGCGAUUCAUCCCUUAUACCUCUAAAUUCUACCACUAAUAAACAAGAUACAAAGUUUUUUCUUCACUUUCGGUUUAUCAUAACAAAAGAAUUCCAAUUACAGCUCAUAGCAAUUGAUACCAAAAGAUAGGAGUGAAAAUACUUGACAACUGCAUCACCACCACAAUGGUGCUUAUUCUCAGUCCAGAUAAUCCGAGAGUGAAGGAAAAAACAUGCAUUGCAUCUUGCGGGUGAAUGGCAAUCUUCAUAGCGACAAUCUGUAACCAAUGCUUCCAGACUCCACUUGAUCGGCCAACCACCAAAAGGCGGGUUGAGAUUUUGGCACCAGCCACGUUCGAGCUUGUAUCCCGCCACACCGAAGACGAGGCAAAUCUACCGAGUCUGACUAUCAUCCAACUGCGAAUGAUCUGCCUCAAAACGCGAAAACUACUAAGACCACAAGCACUUCCGUUGACCAAGCGAAAGCCUUGAGUCACUUCACGCCCUAUCUCUGAGAACCAGAGAAACAACCUCUUCUGCAUGAAGCAAUCUUGCCGCUGUUGAAACUCCGUUUGUCUGACUAGAGCUUCUUCCUUCUAGCCUCCUGACGAACCAUAAAUGAUCCUUCCUGGUUGCCAAAAGCAAGGAAACAAGCGCCUCUAGAGCCCAUCGAGUCAACACACGUUCACCGUUUUGUCACGGGACACUCCUCUGAAAGUAUUAAUCUUCAAAGUCUACUUAGGCUAGAGGAUGAAAGAAGCACCACCAUAGCUCGGACCUGCUCCACACACCACAACUCAUGCCUCUCUUCUUACGAAUAUGAGCAACAAGCCAACCCUUCAGUCCAACUUCCAGAUCUGCAAGAACAUGGAAAAAUAAAGGUGCCACGCGCCGCCACAUAGAUGUUGGGAGUUAACUCUCAAAGGUAAGAUGAGCAUCAGACUCAUCCAACAAAACCCUAUACGCCGACUCUUCCAAGAAACUAUCUCCUCCCACGACUCCCUGCCGUUCGAAAGAUCUGCCGUCAACAUGUCUAGCCACACUCCACGCGGUCAGAGCAGAACUAGGAGCUUCAAUCGGAUCUUAGAAGAGUUUGAGGAGAGCAAAAGAAAACAAGGAGAGGGAGUAGAGAAACCUCUGGCGCCGGGAAAGGGCUCCAACCGUCGGGGACGCCGCGUUAGGGUUAGGGUUGUUCGAAGGAGAAGGUUACCUUUUUCUGCUCUACUUUGAUUUGAACUUAUUGGAACAUAUUAUAUAUAAACCCCAAAAAUAUUAUUUAAACCAAUUAAUAAUUAUUUGUAAGUCUCAUUGGUCCAUUGGUUUGAUUAAAGGUUCAUUAAUGUUUUUAUAUCAGGAGGUUUAAGUUUCGAUCCAUAGAGAAUGCAGAAUUAUGUGAAUUAAUGGAGAAAAUGCUUACAAGAAGUCUGCAGCGUGAAUCGCAUAGGACCGCUCAGGUAAUGCAGUUAAGCGUGAAUCCUCGUAAAGCAUGUAAAAUUAUCGGCUGUAGAAUCAUUUAUAAUAUUUCUCAUAAUUUGUAAUAACAUAAUUAUCAGCGUUAAUAAAAACAAUUAAUAACUAGACAUUUGAAGCCUGGCGGUGAAGUUGGAUGACAUGUUAUUUACGAUUAAUAUCAUUUAUAAUAUUUCUCAUAAUUUAUAUACGAUGUUAGGUUAAGUUUCACAGAUUUUUAAUUAAAAAAAAUCAUAUAAAAUUAACUUUUAGAUGACAUGUUAUUUACGAAAUAUACCACCACUAGGCCUGAGCAUUUUAACCUGGAUCCGAAGGGUAGACUCAUUGUACCAGAAAGGAAACCCUAGCCGCUCUUUAUUGGCGACUGUGAUGGCGAUUUUGAGAUCCGUAUGAUCACACUGUCGUUCCGACUCACCCUGAUCUGCGACGGCUGUAUAUCAGGCACAAGGGAGACUACCGCACACUCCUUGUCUCUCGCUCCCUCCUGCAGAACCGGCGACGUAGUUUGGGUGGCUUGUUCCUCACGAAUCUUCACAUACUAACGGCGAUCGUCUCUGUUUUUGGUUUCUGUGGAUCUUACCGACGAUCUUGGUUGGAUCAAUAUCAUACACUCCUCGGUGUUUUAGAGCUACCUUAUACGGCUCGAUCAGGUUAUCACCAUACACUCAUCGGUGUGUGUACCUAUCCUCGACGGUUUGAACCUUUGCUCAGUCUUCUCUGAUCUCAUCUCAUUGGAUGGGAUCGUUAACCCAUAAUCGAUCGGCUUACUACACGGAUAUGAAAGGGAAGGCAAUCCUUUAUGAGGACGACGAUGAACCGAUCAAGCUUGUGGAUCGCGAGAGAUCUUUCGUCAUCAAGGAGUUUCACAUGACUCUAAUAGGAAAGAUCCUUAAUCCAAAGAAACAGAAUGUGGAGAAGCUGCUACAAAAGAUGCCGUCCAAAUGGGGACUGUCUGAGCGAAUUACAGCAAAUGAUAUUGGAAAUAGAAAGUUCUUGUUCAACUUUAUGAAUGAGGAAGACCUGAACUUUGUCCUUAGACAAGGUCCUUUCCAUUUUAACUUCUGUAUGUUUGUAUUGGUUCGCUGGGAACCGAUAGUACAUGAUGAUUACCCAUGGAUUGUGCCUUUUUGGGUUCAGCUCGUUGGCUUCCCAUUACAUCUAUGGACUGAUGGCAAUCUUCGAAACAUUGGAGGACGAAUUGGGCACGUUGAUACGUUGGAGCUAGCUGAGGGUCGUAUGCUCAUUGAUAUUGACUCUCGCAAGCCUCUGAAGUUCUCAAGGAAGGUGGAAUACAAAGGAGACGAAGUGACUCUCGAGAUCAAAUAUGAUAAGUUGUUUAAACACUGUACAACUUGCGGUAUGCUUUCUCAUGAGAAGGAAUACUGCCCAACUACUGAUGUUAGAUCACGGAUUCAGCCUAUGGAACGGCGUGAUGUCUUCUCGCGAGUGCAGGCGCCCCAGGAACAGAUGGCUCGUCACCAUCUGGGCCGUCAUGCGCAGGCAACAAGUCAUCACUCUUCGCAUAAUUCGAUGGAGAGGGAUCGGUCUCUUGCUCACAACUCUAACAAUCAGACACCGAGGUAUAAUGAUCGUUACCAUAAUAACGGAAAUAAUGCGGAUGAUAGUGGUAAUCAACGCGAGUCACGUGGGCUGCAAUCACGUACUGAUAAUCGUUGGCACGGAAACAAUGGAAGGAGUGGUCAUGCAGACCGAAUCAUCCGAGAUGAGCUCUCGAGAGGCUCUCGCUAUGGAGGGUCUCGGAGUGGUUUGGGUCCUUAUGACCGUCCACAGGCCACAAGAUGGAGAGCAAAACCCAGGCCAACGGACAAGGAUAAAGGUUGGACUGAUAAGGGCAAGGAUGAUGAAGCUGCUCGGGCGAAUGUUUCUUAUGGACAAUCGUCUCGGGGAUUGGCUCUUGUAAUACACAAUCCCGAGAACAAGGAAAGUAGUGGGCCUCAAGGUACAAAGAAGAUAGCAAGUGCUAUUGUUACACCCUCGCGACUGGACCGUCCUAUGGAGGACAAUGUGACUGUCAGGAAUAAAGGUGAAACUAGGGCUUUAGCUUUCUCUCCAUCAGGUGGACAGGAUCCUACUACUGCUGAUGAUCAGAUCAUUGGGGCAUUAAGUGAUAUGGAAUUGGUGGAACAAUCGAAUGACGGCAUGGAAGAGGAAACAGAAGGAGAUGACCUAUUAGGUGUCGAGCUCAUGGAAAUGGAAGGCAAUAAUUUUCAUGAUGAUACCGCGGCCAAGGGAGCUAGAGAAGACAUGAGGGCCACGAGGGCCAAGAAACAUGGAAGCAAACGUAAUGCCCCUUUGGGCAUUAAGCAUAGGAAGUUUGAGAUCCUUCGUAGGGGGUCUCCAAGUAAGCGCUUAACGUCUUCUCGAUCACACGUCGAGGGGGGUGAUAAGCAACGAAGUAGACAUGCAACAACAGUGGUACCGGCGACUAAACAUGAUGGUUUGAUGAGUUCCAAAAACUCAUCCAAACAUUAUUAAUGAGGACAAUCAGUUGGAACUGUAGAGGGAUAGGGAACGACCUCACAGUUCGACGCCUUACGG